AUGUCCACUGACAGAAUGCACGAUACACCAGUCAUGGGACGACAAGAUUCGAACAAGUUGGGAGCGCCAGGAGGACCUGGAGCUCCAAAGGGACCUCGCAGCCUUGCCGAGACCGAGACGGACCGCCGUUAUCGACCGCUCCCGGCGGGCGGUCACCACGCGCCCAUCGACCGACCGCCCACUAGACUAAAGGGUCGGCCGUCCUUGCGACGGAGCGCACUUUGUCGUGUUAAGUCCGUCACGUGUUCAGCAACACUUCUCGUGGCGAGAAGGUAA